ACAGCGACCACAGAGUCAGAGACACAGAGAAAGAAAGAGAAAGAGAGAAAAUUUGGGGUUUUUUUUUUUUUUUUGUUUUUUUAUCUUAUUCAACCUAAAGGCUUUGUAGAUUGGAGGGUGUUUUAUCAGUUUGGCUUUGAAGGUGGAAAAGAAAGGAGCUUCUUUUCCAAAAGAGGGAGUCUUAUUUUAUGCUUUUUGACAUUUUAUCUGUCUGGUCUGCCAUGAAUCACUGUAUUUCUGAUUGGAAUUUUGAAGGUAUUCAACCUGUGAUCAACCAAAAGAAACCAGCCGGGCCAGAAAAUGAGCUUGUAGAGCUUUUAUGGCGAAAUGGGCAAGUGGUUUUGCAGAGCCAAACACAGAGAAAACCGAGCUUCAAUCCAACUGAUCAGCCAAGACAAAUCCACAAACAUGAUCAAGAAGGUAUAAGAGCUGGUGGCUCAUUUGGGAAUUCAAGCAAUUUGAUUCACGACGAUGAGGCGGUCUCUUGGAUCCAAUACCCACUUGAAGAUUCUUUCGAAAAAGAAUUCUGUUCCAAUUUCUUCACUGAAUUGCCUUCCUGUGAUCCAAGCCAUGUUGAAACACCACCCAUCAGACAAUUCGGAGAAGAACCCAAAACCAAACCCACUAACAAUGGGGUUUCAUUUCCUGAAAACCAAAUGCCUCCUCCAAGAUUUCACUACAAUUCAUCUCAGCAGAAUCAAAACCUUAGUGGGUUGGAGAAAAUGGUCAAUUUGCCUCAGAUUCCGGACGCCGCAAAGGGUGGUGAUUUGAGAUCUUCAAGUGGGCAAUUUGGGGGGAAAGAUUCUGGGGGUUUUGCUCAAGGUGAAGUUCGAGAAGGUUCGGUUGUGACGGUGGGAUUGAGUCACUGUGGAAGCAAUCAGCUUCUUGGUGAGCUUGAUGUUAGCAGGGUGUCCAGCAAUGGCGAUGGGACUACUGGUUUAUCUGCAGGACACUCCAAAGAAGAUGUGCAGAAGAAGCACAUGGCUCAGAGUGAUAGAGGGAAAACUGAGCCUUCGACUGAGCCGGUCACUUCGUCUUCCGGAGGAUCAGGAAGUAGUUUUGGAAGAACUUGCAAGCAAUCAAAAGGUGGAGGCAAUCAGAAAAGAAAGAGUAGAGAUGUAGAAGAAUCAGAGUGCCAGAGUGGGGCCGGUGAGCUCGAAUCGGCAGCGGCGAACAAGCCGAGUCAACGGUCGGGUUCAACCCGCCGGAGCCGUGCUGCCGAAGUUCAUAAUCUCUCAGAAAGGAGAAGGAGAGAUCGGAUCAACGAGAAGAUGAAAGCAUUGCAAGAGCUCAUACCUCACUGUAACAAGACAGAUAAAGCAUCGAUGUUGGAUGAGGCAAUUGAGUACCUGAAGUCGCUUAAGUUACAACUUCAGGUUAUGUGGAUGGGAAGUGGGAUGGCACCAAUGAUGUUUCCAGGGGUCCAGCACUACAUUUCUCGGAUGAAUAUGGGAAUGGGCCCGUCUGCAUUGCCUUCUAUGCACAAUCCAAUGCAUUUAACGAGGGUCCCCCUUGUUGAUCAAUCUGUAGCAGUUUCUUCUACAACAAACCAGCCUGUUCUGUGCCAGACACCAGUUUUAAAUCCGAUUAAUUUCCAAAACCAGAUGCAAAAUGCCUCUUUCCCUGAGCAAUAUGCACGUUUCAUGGGCUUCCAUCCUAUGCAAACUGUAUCUCAGCCCAUGAAUGUAUUCAGAUUCGGUUCCCAAGCAGUGCAACAAAACCAAUCAAUAGCGCAGCAAGGCGUUGCCAGUGGAUCAUUCAGUGGCAGAGGCCCAGCUGAUGAAUGUUUAAGUGGCAAGAUGCGUUGAUGAUAAAAUCAGCAAAUAUGGAGGGCUUCUUAUCUUGUUGCUACCAUGGUCCCCCCCCUCCCCCCUUGAUUUUAAGUUAACAAGAUCGUUCCAAAUUGCAACAUGGCAAAAGCCAUCAACUUCUCGAGGUAUUCGAAUCUCUUCUUGCUUGCACAGCUUCGUUCGUUCGUUCGUUCGUGCAUGCCCGAUAAAAAAAGCCAUUUAUAACCAGAUAAUGUUUCUUCCUGUUGAAGGGUCAAUUCUGCUGGAAGAGUUGAAACAUCUCAAUCAGGGAUUGGAUUUCUUAUUGUAACCCCAUGAUCAGAUGGAAAUUUAGUUUGUCUGGUCAUAAAUAUUGCUAGCUGGAAGUUAGAAGAUGAAGACAAAAAAGACUAAAAUUUGUGUGACUUCUCUGCUUUAUAUUUUAUAUAUAUAUAUAUAUAUAUAUAUUUUUUUUU